CGCGUCGUCACGCCCCGGGGGCCCGUCAAAGGGGAGCUCCGCGUCGCGCCGCGGUCGCUCUACUUCGUCGCGGGCGCGUCCGCCGCGGAGCUCAAGAAGGGCGAGAACGCGCCGGAGCGCUGGCGCCUCGACGGCCUCACGGCCGUGCGCGGGCGGCGCUACCUGCUGCGGCCCCUGGCCCUCGAGUUCUUCUUCGCGACGCGGCGCGAGGUCUUCGUCGCGUUCGAGAGCCCCCAGGACCGCCGCGUCUGCUGGCGCCUCAUGAAGCUCAAGGCGCGCAUGCCCCUCGUGGCCCACCCGCCGGGGGGCACGAAGACCAUGCGCGCGCCCCACCUCGAGCUCCACGCGAUCCGGCUCACGGAGCGCUGGCGGCGGCGGCUCGUGACCAACUUCGAGUACGUCAUGGCGCUCAACACGAUCGCGGGCCGGUCCUACAACGACCUCGCGCAGUACUUCGUCUUCCCCUGGAUCAUCGCGGACUACGGCGGCGCGACGGCCCCCGUGGGCGCCCUCGAGCCCGAGCGGCUCCGGGCCUUCGUGGAGCGCUACCGGUCCAGCGACGCCAUGGGCGCGGACGACGACGACGCCGCGCGGUUCAUGUACGGGUCCCACUACAGCUCCGCGGGCGUCGUGCUCCACUUCCUCGUGCGCCUCGAGCCCUUCACGUCCCUGGCCCUGGAGCUCCAGGGCGGCCACUUCGACUGCCCGGACCGCCUCUUCUUCGACGUCGCGGAGAGCUGGCGCGGGUGCACGACGUCCAUGUCCGACGUCAAGGAGCUCGUGCCCGAGUUCUUCUACUGCCCCGAGCUCUUCGUCAACGACAACCGCUACCCGCUGGGCGAGCUCCAGGACGGCCGGGCCGUCGACGACGUGCUCCUGCCGGCGUGGGCCGCGGACGCGCGCGCCUUUGUGCGCGGCAACGCCGCGGCGCUCGAGUCCGAGGCCGUGUCCGCGGCGCUCCCGCGGUGGAUCGACCUCGUCUUCGGCGUCGGCGCGAAGCGGGGGACGCACGCGGAGACGCACCACAACGUCUUCCACCCGCUGACCUACGAGGGCGGCGUGGACCUCACGCAGAUCGCGGACGCGACGCUCCAGGCCGCGGAGGCGCAGAUCACGCACUUCGGGCAGACGCCGCCGCCCCUCUUCGACGCGCCGCACCCGCCGCGG